AUGCCUGAGACAGCACAAACCACUGCUUUUGCCCUUAUUGGGGAAUUGAGGUCACACUUGGAUUUGGAGCAGGCCACCAUCCGAGCCUGUGGUCGGACACAAGCAGUUGCAACACCUCGACCCUCUGGGCUGCGGAGGAACCUCACACGUGGGGAGCCACGUGGUGGGCCCAGGCGCCACCGCUCCGCCACACCACGGAGCACUUUAGCACAGAUUACAAAAAACGGAGACCCCCGGUCUCACAAGCUCAUCUCCUCCCCAAACUCGCUCCAGCCGCUCGCCCACGGGAAGUUCCUCACAGGCCCCGGCCCGCACCCUCGGGCCGCCCCGGGCGCUCUCCCUCUCCCCUCCCCGCACAGCCGAAGCGCUGCCCGCCACCCCCACGCCGCAGCCAAGGCCGGCGGGACACGUCGCCGCAACCGUCGCGCCCGGAGCCCGGGCCAACAGGCCGAGCACCCCCGGGGCGGCGCCCAGCCUGCCCGAACGGCCCGGGCUAACCCACCCCCGCCCCAGCGUCCCGGCCUCCCUUCCCCCAGAGCAGCGCAGGCUCCCUCCGCGCCUCCCGAAACCCGCCAGGGCCUGACUCACCCGCCACCGCCCGCCCUCGCGGGGCCCGCGGGGCCCCGCUUCCCCCUCAGCGCUGCCCAUCCGCUCCCCUCCGCCCUCCCUCCGACGUUCAGCCCGGAGAUUCCCGCCCGAGUCCCGCCGGGCCGCUCGGCGCCACUUUCCCGCGCACUAGGCCAGGGUGCGCCGGCGCCAUCAUCCCUCCGCGCUCUGCCUUCCCCUCGGCCCCAGCAGCUCCCCUGGCGGCCCAGGCCUCCCCGGCGGUUACCUGCGGACCCCCGGCCCGCCGCGGCACUAUCCCGCGCGCACCACAGUAGGCCCGGUCCGGUCCGGCCCUGCUCCUCCUCGCUCCGCAGCUCUGCCCGCUCGCUCCCGGCUCCCUUCUGGCUGCGCCACACGCGGUUUGCACACGGUCCCACGCGCUCUGCCCCCGGAUCACCCCGCCCCUCCCUACUACUCUGCGCACGGCUCGCUGGAGCCCGCCCCUCAGCCAAUGGCCGGAAAGUGCUUUCCCGGCUGGCCAAUCGGAUCGCAGACCGGGACACCCAAUCACGGACCUCGAGGAAGGAGCCGGGCCCGCCCCCCGGGCCUCCCCUCGCGGGGCUGGGCCGAGGGCUGCUCCGGGCUGCAGCGGCACCGGUACCGGAACCGCCCUGGGACACCCGGGCUGCCCCGUCGCCUCCCCCGGGUUGGCCGCUCCGUCAGUCAAAGCCGCGCUGUUCCCCGCAGUGUGUCGGGUCGGAUCGGCGGGCCGGUGGCAGCGGGAGGUUCGCCGCCUUGAAGCCCCGCGCAGACCCGAGGGGAACGGCGCGUCCCGCCCCCGGCUGA